UAUCAAACCCCGAUGCCGCAGACUCACGUUAGCUGCUUGGCGAACAGUAAACCGAGGGUCCUGUUGAAACAGAAGGGGGGCGAACUUGUCAUCAUCGUUUUGUGGGCUGAUUACAAAACACCAGCCAUCCCACGGACACCCCGGAGACGCGAUGGGCGAGACUCAUCAAGGUUGUCACGUUUCCAAUUCGCCAAAAGAAGUAUGCUUCCUCCGAUCCCCGUCUUGGCCGACUAUGGAAUCUCUCCAACCCAUGGCUUCCUGCCGGAUGUCCUGCCGUUGACGAGACUCCCGGAUCCCUACUAUAACAAGUGGGAAGCCGUUGUCGCCAAUCUCCAAGCUCUCAUUCUCAGCAAGCGGCUGCGCGGAGUUGUCGAUCGCCUGCCCGUGCUCUCCACCAUCGGUCUGGAACACGACGCAGAAUGGCGCCGAGCCUACAUGCUGCUAUGCUUCAUGGCCCACGGCUACAUCUGGGGCGGUGACAGUCCCAGCGAGCGCCUGCCACCCUCCAUCUCGAUCCCGCUGCUGAAGGUGUCCGAACACCUCGAGGUGCCGCCCGUCGCCACCUACGCAGCGGUCUGUCUCUGGAACUUCAAGCCGCUCUUCAUGGACGAGAACAUCGAUAAUCUCGAGAAUCUCGCCUCCCUGACCACCUUCACCGGCGCCAUCGACGAGUCGUGGUUCUACCUGGUGUCGGUGGCGAUGGAGGCACGCGGAGCGCCCAUCAUUCCCCUGAUGCUGACAGCCAUCGCCGCGGCGCGGGAGAACGACGCGGCAGCCGUGACACGCUGCCUUCAUACCUUUGCGGAGCGCCUCGACGACCUUACCACGCUGCUCCAGCGCAUGCACGAGAGCUGCGAUCCGCACAUCUUCUAUCAUCGGAUCCGCCCCUUCCUGGCCGGGAGUAAGAACAUGGCCGAGGCGGGCCUGCCGAACGGCGUGCUCUACGAGGACGGAUCCGGCAGCGAGACGUACCGCCAAUACGCCGGCGGCAGCAACGCCCAGAGCAGCCUGAUCCAGUUCUUCGACAUCGUCCUGGGCAUUGAGCACCGCCCCACGGGCGAGAAGAAGCCCAGCCGCAACGACGACGACCGCGAAGGCCGGGCUCCGCCGCCCAAGCACAACUUCAUCAUGGAGAUGCGCCGGUACAUGCCAGGCCCGCACGCUCGCUUCCUCAACGACGUGCAGGUCGUUGCCAACAUCCGCGACUUUGUCGAGCGCAACCAGGACGACCGCCCGCUGUGCAUCGCUUACGACGCUUGUCUCUCGAUGCUGCGCCACCUCCGCGACAAGCACAUCGCCAUCGUCACGCGCUACAUCGUCGUGCCGAGCCGCGAAGUCCGCGCCCGCAGCCGCAGCCCCGAGGCCACGCGCCGCAGGCUCAACCUGGCCACCGCCUCGCGCCAACAGCCGCAGGGCAUUGCCUACGACGCGCGCGGUGCUGCCGCCGAACAGGAGGCUGCUGCUGGCAAGAAGGGCGGGAACCUCAAGGGCACGGGCGGCACAGCGCUUAUUUCGUUCCUGAAGCAGGCCCGCGACGAGACGGGCGAGCCGGCGGUGGAGGAGUGGACGAAGCGGUUCAUGAGCAGGGUGGUCAAGACAGAGGGCCAAGGAGAUUUCUUCGCUGGUAAGCCCGACGAAGGCGCUGGCCUGCAGGUUCAGGCGCCGACGGAGGAGGUCGAGCUGCCGGGGCUGGCGGGGACGUGGACGAUGGAUGAGGAUGUGGGCGGCAUUUGUAAUUACUAAGCAGAAUUAGCGACUGCGGCGGGCGUUGCGGCUUUGAUGAUUGCAUUCAGAGGCAUCAGCGGCUAGAAUACAGCGUUCAGGGUAGAACGCAGUGUAUGCAUUGCUCACACCUGCUGGCCCUUGCUUGCUGGCCUCCUUGCUGCUUGCUAUAUGUGGCGAGAUCCAUGCUAGUGGAAAGGUACACGUUAGGAAACAUCAGGCGAACAUGGCCAUUGAUAGGUAAACCGUCCGUCAGGCUGCGAAGUCUGGUACGUAAGAGGAAAAUGAUACACCUGGAAAGUACUGGAUUCCUAUCUGAUACUCACCUCUACGUGUAACUACAACUUGACUUACCUCAUACCAGCAACUCCCGUCCCG